CUGAUUGAUACUCUCCCUGAUUCAUUAAUAACCUAUUCCAAGCACGUUUUUUUAUAUACACAAAAGUAGAAAGACAUCACUUUCAGUAAUGCCGAAAAUUUGAAUAAUCCCGGAAAAUCCUUGUAUUUGUCAAAGGGUUGGCAGGAGCUGGGUUAAAAAUACCUUUUGACAGUUGACACACAUUUUCUUGUGAUAAAUCAAUAUAUUAUCUCGGCGAAAUCCCGAUGGUUUUUAGAAAUAGUUUUAGAUUUUUAGGGUGAGUAGAUGUAUUUGUUGACAAAGUGAAAAUGAAAUGGGGGCCCCACACUUGGAUUUGUCAAAGCUGUCUCGUGCUUUUGGCCUUGUGGGGUGUUUGUUGCGAAUUAGGUAACCCUUACCAAAUAUUAGGGGUGUCAAGAACAGCCUCUCAGCUGGAUAUAAGAAAGGCCUACAAACAGCUUGUUAAAGAAUGGCAUCCUGACAAGUCAAACCAUCCCAAUGCCGAGGAAAGAUUUGUAGAAAUAAAACAAGCUUAUGAGCUAUUGUGUGACCCUGAUAGAAGAAAAAGAUAUGAUAUCCAUGGGAUUACUGAGGAUGACUUUUAUAGAAGGCCAGACUAUGCACCUUUGCACACAAAUCAUCCCUUUGAGGAUAUUUUUGCCCAACACGGGGCCCAUUUCAAUUUCCAGGAGAAUGAUAUAACAUUUUUUCACAAGUUGUCCAUAACAACAAGGCAAUAUGAUAAAAUAAUUGUUCCAAAAAGCAGCACUAUACCUCACCUGAUAUUUUUCUACACCGAUUGGUGUUUUCAGUGUAUUCAAACUGCCCCUUAUUGUAGAAAAUUAGUAGAUUAUUUAGAGCCGCUAGGAAUAAAUUUCGUCACUGUCCAUUCUGGGAGAGAAAAGAAUUUGGGCAGACGAUUAAGUAUUCACACUUUACCUUGUUUAGUUUUGUUGUUAGAUGGAGAUAUAUUUGUUUAUAAGGAAACUAUCACUAGCAUUCAAAGGAUAAUAGAAUUUAUAAGAAAUAAAAUGCCGUAUAAAUUAGUAGCUAAAGUGACAUCUGAAGAUGUUGACGACUUUUUAAAUGGCUGGGAAGACAAUAGAGUUAGGGGACUAAUAUUUGAGCCCAGAAGUACAAUUAGAUUGCGAUAUUUGGUCACUGCCUUUCAUUUUAGACAUAGAGCAGCUUUUGGUUUUGUAGAUUCACAAGAAAUUAGAAAUAAGUAUCAAUUACCACAGGAUAUGGAUACUGUGUUGUUAUUUAAUGAAAAUACUUCCUACCCAAUGGCUAGCGUUUCUAUGAAAGACAUUCCCACACCAACCUUACAGCACAUUAUAUCGUCAAACCAGUACCUUUCUUUACCUAGAUUAUCGUCUCAAGCUGUUUUAGAAGCGCUAUGUCCCGAAGAGUUUAAUAAACCUAGAAAGAAGCUGUGCGUUGUUUUAGUAACAACGUCUUCUUCGUAUUAUCACCCUUACAGACAAUCAUUUAUGUAUUUUGCACAACAGUCGCCUUACAGUGUCGAAAAAGUGAGAUUUGUUUACAUUUAUUACGACAAACAGUCCGAGUUUGUUAAUUCUUUAGUGCCAGAAGGUGAAAUAAUACAGCCUUUAUUGCGCAUUGUGAUUUUGUGGAGAAGAGACACAUCUCAUAUUAGGUACGAAUGGGUACCAGGAAAAUGGGACUCAGUCAAAAAUAUGAGUGAUACUACCUCAGCGUUAGAAAAACUUAUUAGUAGAUCUUUAAAAUCUAACGAAAAUUUACCACACGAAGCAUUUGUUAAGGAUUUAUUAGACGAACAUGCUAGAGGAUUAGUUGGCAGAAUAUAUACUAGAAUAAUUCAAUUCGUAGAGACGACUUACGACGGUUUGACCAAAGAUCAAAUAUUAGCAUUACUUUCGAUACUGGGAACAAUAUUGUUUAUACUAGCAAUAGGUUAUUUCAUGGCGUAUUUAGUUCGAAUAGAAGAAGAGAGCAUUCAAAAGCAGAAAGCCAAAACAAGUAACGACAAUAACAACAGCGUCAAUACGUCAUACCAGCCUGAACUACGUUUACACGAAAUGCGAUCCGAAAGUUACAACGCUUUAGUUAGGUUACUGAAACCCGGUUGUCGUACUAUUGUUUUAGUGCUGGAUAUGCAGUCCAGACAACAGUUAAUUCCACCGUUUCAUAAGGCCGUGUGGCCAUAUAGAAAAAAUAAAACCUUAAUGUUUUCGUAUAUGUACAUUGAAAGAGGCCUUAAAUGGUAUAAGGAGCUGCUUCAGCUAUCUUUACCUGAAGAGAGAGAACUGAAUAUCAAUCCAAGGAAUUGUGUCGGUACGGUUCUCUCUAUAAACGGACAUAGAAAAUAUUUCUGUGUGUUUCAUGCUAAACACAUGGAAAAAACGAAGAAGAAAGCUAAAAAUGGGCCAACGCCAAAAGUGGCUGAGAUUGACUGCGAAAGUGGGGCUUUUAUAGGAUUUAAUUCUGAUAGCUCAGACUCCGAUGACGGCGUCCUCUUGCAAGGAGCUCUUCUAGACGGCUUCUCCAACUGGUUAGACCGAUUAUUCGAAGGCACUACCCAGCGUUUUCACGUUAACUAUUGGCCGGAAUUUCCUAUUAAAUAAAUUUAAAUAUAGCUUAAAUAUCAUAUGGUUCAUCAUUUUAAGGGGACACUGUAUGAAGCUUAGAAGAGCCGCAUGCAGAAAAUGUCCUAUACAAGUGUAUUUGUUAUAAUACACAGCUAAUACAGCUUGACCAGAAACAUGUCGGUAUGUUUUUAUUAAAGAUUGAGGUUAGGAAAUGUUGGUAUGUGGAUUUUGUUGGAAAGAUUUUUUGGUAUUAGUCUUUAAUUGUUGAAUAUAUGUUUUUAUCCUGUUGGUAUUAUUUUCGAACAGGACGGUGUCCUAGAAGCUUGUUAAGAAAAUUAUUGGUUACAAGAAGUGCAGUUUGGUUUCUAAAAUACUUUUAAUACUGAUAUUUAUUUUAGAAAACAAUCGUAUGUCUUCGUGCAGCUCAUUUAUUGUUAAAUCUCACAGAGAUCCAGGAUAUGGUAUAUGUACAUCUUGAAAUAAGAUGUUUAAAACCGGCUGUACAUUUCGAUUAACAUGACCAAUUUUUUCUUUUUAGGAAUAGGUUGUAAUUUUAAUUGUAAUUUAGAAUAAAUUGUUUCCAAUUUGAUACACCAAUUGUUAUUUAUGCAGUAUAGUUUGCUAUAUAUUCAUUUUGAACUGUUAAAUUGUAUAUAAUUGUACUAGGAUAACAUCUUGACAGUGAAGACACUUCCUU